GCAAAAGGUAAUCAAGUCACGGAUAUUCGAGCUAAAUAGAGAUGUGGAGUUUAGACUGAACAUCAGACUCAGCAGAUAAUACCAGGACUACCAGGACAUUGAGAGGGUAAUUAAUGCGAACUAUCCACUGUAAAAACAUCCCGGUGAUGGAGAGGAAACCCUAUGGUGUUUGGAAUCAAUUAUAACCUCAAGACAAUCGAGGACCUUAAGGACUGCUAGGGUAUCAAGAAGAAACGAGACGUUGUCGAAGCACAUUUGAGUCUAUCCAGCUAAGCCAAUGCAAGGAAUAUAAAUAAUGCAAUUAAUUAAAGCGGAUUAUCCAUUGUACAACCCACCCCGGUGACGUCCAGCAAACCCUAUGGAGACGUAGAAACAACUAAGACAAAACAAGGAAUACGAAUGCAAUUAAUUAAAGCGGACUAUCCAUUAUACAACCCAUCCUGGUGACGGUUAGUAAACCAACCCUAUGGAGCGUGUAGACAGCUAAGCCAAGACAAGGAAUACGAAUGCAAUUAAUUAAGACGGGACGUCUGGAUCAGCAGGGAUCAACCAAAGCCGUGCAGUCUGAAAGCUACCCAGGACCAGCGAUGGGCAUCGAAUCCAAUGGAGAUGUACAGUUCGACGAAGGCAUCAAUGACCAUCAGAGAGCAUCAAGACCACGAGGACAUCGCGGGAGUCGAAGAGCGGACUCCGGGAUCCGAAGACUUCGGGGUCCUGAACCUCCAGGAUUGGAGGACAUCGAAUUCCAGGAUCUCCAGGUACGAAUACUUCGAACUUUGAAGGCUUCGAAGUUCGAACAUCACGGGGUGCGAGACCUCGAAAUUGGUAAGUCUGUGGGGUUCAACGCCGCGAUAAGAAGUCUUUGUACUUCAGGGUUUCCAGGGUUCGAAAAUCCAGGGGAUGGAAAACGUCAGAGGUUCUUUGGCGUUUUCUCUCUUCGAAAUUUUCGAAUUUUGGGCACUCGGAAAAGUGCGAAACUUCUAAUCUCGAAACAUUGAACUUCACAGAUUUUCCAAUUUCGAAAUUUUGUACGUCGGGAUCUUCACACUUCGAAGUCUUUGAAAUUCGAAGUAAUCGCACUUGGAAUCCUGGAAUAUCGACGUCCUGCAAUCUUGGAGUUUCUGGACCUCGAAGACUCCGGAUCCCGGAUCGGGGGAG